CUUCCCGCGGGGGGACGCCAUCGAGCGUGUAGUUCCCGGCCUGAUCUCACGACAACAAGCCGCUUCCCUCGUCUCCGAGCAGAGGGCGGUCCGUCAUGAGGACCCUGCUAGCUUUAGCUAACACUCUGCAGUUUACUGCGAGGGCUGCCCGGCGAGGAACACGCCAUGGUAUAGUCUGCUCGUUCCCCGCCACGGCGCGUUGCUACUCACCCCCGGUGACCGGAGGCGUCUUUUCCCGCCAGACCGGGACGGUCCUUUGUCCGGACUCAUGUUAGACUUCCACAGCGGGCUCGAAUGGGAUUUACCCAGCUAGCCGCAGCUAAUGCUAGCUUCGCGGCCAACCGGUUCGCACUAGCUCUCUGACACAGCGGGUUGACAUCGCACACCUCAUAAUUAGCAGGUGGACUAACUGGAGCAACCAUGCCUCCCAGGCCAUCCUCGGGAGAACUAUGGGGGAUGCACUUGAUGCCCCCCAGCAUCAAAGUGGACUGCCUCCUUCCAAAUGGCAUGAUUCUCACGAUGGAGUGCCUCCGAGAGGCCACGCUGAUUACAGUGAAGCACGAGCUUUUCAAAGAAGCCAGGAAGUAUCCUCUUUACCAUCUACUGCAAGAGGAGAGCUCCUACAUCUUCGUCAGUGUCACCCAAGAAGCGGAACGGGAGGAGUUUUAUGACGAAACCAGACGGUUAUGUGACCUCAGGCUCUUCCAAGCUUUCCUCAAAGUCAUCGAGCCUGUAGGCAACAGAGAAGAAAAGAUUCUCAAUCGAGAAAUUGGUUUUGCGAUUGGAAUGCCCAUAUGUGAGUUUGAUUUGGUCAAAGAUCCAGAAGUGCAGGACUUCAGAAGGAACAUUUUGAAUGUUUGUAAAGACGCCGUGGACCUUAGAGACUGCAAUGGACACCACAGUAGAGCCUUGUACGUUUAUCCCCCCAAUGUGGAAUCCUCAGUUGAGCUGCCCAGGCACAUCAAUAACAAACUAGAUAAAGGUCAAAUAAUUGUGGUCAUAUGGGUCAUUGUAUCGCCCAGCAAUGACAAGCAGAAGUAUACUCUGAAGAUCAACCACGAUUAUGUGCCAGAGCAGGUGAUCGCCGAGGCCAUCCGUAAGAAGACGCGCAGCAUGUUGCUCUCCCAGGAGCAGUUAAAGAUGUGUGUGCAGGAGUAUCAAGGAAAGUACAUCCUCAAAGUGUGUGGCUGUGACGAAUACUUACUGGAGAAAUACCCUCUGAGUCAGUAUAAGUAUGUUCGCAGUUGCAUCAUGUUGGGGCGAAUGCCCAACUUGAUGCUGAUGGCGAAAGACAGCUUGUACUCCCAACUGCCGAGUGACAAUUUCACCAUGCCGUCGUACGCAAGGAGAAUAUCCACAGCGACGCCCUACAUGAACGGGGAAACAGCCACCAAGUCUCUAUGGACCAUCAACGGAAAACUGAGGAUCAGAGUGCUCUGUGCCACUUACGUCAAUGUCAAUAUCAGAGACAUAGACAAGAUCUACGUGAGGACUGGGAUAUACCACGGUGGAGAGCAGUUGUGUGACAAUGUCAACACCCAGCGCGUGCCUUGUUCGAAUCCCAGGUGGAAUGAGUGGCUCAACUACGACAUGUUCAUUCCAGACAUCCCCCGUGCUGCCCGCCUCUGCCUCUCCAUCUGCUCUGUCAAAGGAAGGAAGGGAGCAAAAGAGGAGCAUUGCCCCCUGGCCUGGGGCAACAUCAACCUGUUUGACUACACUCACACAUUAGUAGCAGGGAAAAUGGCACUCAACCUAUGGCCUGUCCCACAUGGCCUGGAAGACCUACUUAACCCCAUCGGCGUCACCGGUUCGAACCCCAACAAGGAAACACCUUGCCUGGAGUUGGAGUUUGACCAUUUCAGCUCUCCAGUCAAAUUCCCAGAUAUGACCGUUAUUGAGGACCAUGCAAACUGGAAUAUAUCCAGAGAGCUUGGCUUUAAUUACUCCCACACAAGUUUGAGCAACAGAGUGGCCCGAGACAACCCUUUCACAGACAGCGACAGUGAGCAGCUUCGUUUAGUGUGUAACCGAGACCCUUUGUCUGAGAUCACGGAGCAGGAGAAAGACUUUGUAUGGAGACACAGACAUUAUUGUGUCAACAUGCCCGACAUCCUUCCCAAGAUCCUCCUCGCUGUGAAAUGGAACUCCAGAGAUGAGGUUGCACAGAUGUAUUGCCUUCUGAAGGACUGGCCGGCCAUCAAGCCAGAACAAGCCAUGGAGUUGCUGGACUGCAACUUUCCUGAUCCUAUGAUCAGAGAUUUUGCCGUAAAGUGCCUUGAGACAUAUUUAACUGAUGACAAGCUGUCACAGUACCUCAUUCAACUGGUUCAGGUUCUGAAGUAUGAGCAGUACCUUGAUAAUCCACUCGCCCGCUUCCUGCUGAAAAAAGCAUUAACCAAUCAAAGGAUAGGACAUUUCUUCUUCUGGCAUUUAAAGUCAGAGAUGCACAACAAGACAGUUAGCCAAAGGUUCGGCCUCCUGCUGGAGUCAUACUGCCGGGCCUGCGGCAUGUAUCUGAAGCACCUGAGCCGGCAGGUGGAAGCCAUGGAAAAACUCAUCAAUCUCACUGACCUCCUGAAACAGGAAAAGAAGGAUGAGGCGCAGAAGGUUCAAAUGAAGUUUCUGGUGGAGCAGAUGAGGAGGCCUGACUAUAUGGACGCAUUGCAGAACUUCACCUCCCCGUUGAAUCCAGCACAUCAACUAGGAACCCUCCGUUUAGAGGAAUGCCGAAUGAUGUCAUCUGCCAAGCGACCUUUGUGGCUUAAUUGGGAAAAUCCAGAUUUGAUGUCAGAGCUCCUGUUUCAGAACAACGAAAUCAUAUUUAAAAAUGGAGAUGAUCUGAGGCAGGACAUGCUGACGCUGCAGAUCAUUAGGAUAAUGGAAAACAUCUGGCAGAACCAAGGCCUUGAUCUCAGGAUGCUUCCCUACGGUUGUCUCUCCAUUGGUGACUGUGUUGGUUUGAUUGAGGUGGUGAGGAAUUCUCACACCAUCAUGCAGAUCCAGUGCAAAGGAGGCCUAAAGGGGGCGCUGCAGUUCAACAGCCACACACUGCACCAGUGGCUUAAGGAUAAGAACAAGGGAGAGAUGUAUGACCAGGCCAUAGAUCUGUUUACACGGUCAUGUGCAGGCUAUUGUGUCGCCACAUUUAUCCUGGGCAUAGGUGACAGACACAAUAGCAACAUCAUGGUCAAAGAUGAUGGACAGCUUUUCCACAUCGAUUUUGGCCAUUUCCUUGACCACAAAAAGAAGAAGUUUGGAUACAAGAGAGAACGUGUGCCCUUUGUGCUGACGCAAGACUUCUUGAUCGUCAUAAGCAAAGGAACGCAAGAGUGCACCAAAACAAGAGAGUUUGAAAGGUUCCAGGAGAUGUGUUACAAGGCAUACCUGGCAAUCCGGCAGCACGCCAACCUCUUUAUCAACCUCUUCUCCAUGAUGCUGGGCUCCGGGAUGCCCGAGUUGCAAUCAUUUGACGACAUCGCGUACAUUCGCAAGACCUUGGCCCUGGACAAGUCGGAGCAGGAGGCCCUGGACUAUUUCAUGAAGCAGAUGAACGACGCUCAUCAUGGCGGCUGGACUACCAAGAUGGACUGGAUCUUCCACACUAUUCGCCAGCACGCCAUGAACUGAAACGGCACCCACAACGAGCGGAGUAAACAGACUUUGGCACGGAAAGAACCCUAACGGUGAACACUAAGGCCUGGUCCCUCUUUCGCCAGCAUGUGACUUUUCAACCAUUACCUGCCAGCGCAGUAUGAACGGCGGUGCUACGAAGAGCCUUUUAUCAGGGACAUGAUGCCUAAAUGUUGUCACUUCCUUUUGCUGCACUACAUGACCUUCAGAUGGCGUGGUGGACUUGUAUUUCAUCAGUUCUUCAUCGGAAUUAAAACCGUCUAAUGGACCUAAACUGCAUAAGAACUAACUACAGUAAAGACACUUUAUUUUUGUUAUUAUUUUUUUAUUCAACUACAUCAGCAUUAAGAGAGGAACAUCACUAUGAAGUUACUUGUUUUUCCCCUCUGUACAAGUGAGAAUUGUCAAACUACAUUAUUUCCACUGCCUAUUUUCAAAAUAGGAGUGUGACACAGUAUGUAUGCAUGCGGAAAAAGGACACUAAGGAUCCACUCCCAUUUUACAAUCCUAAAAAAAGGCAAAUAGCAAUAUCCAAGUACAGAACUGACAGAGGAAGUGUUGUGGCAAACACUUUAAACAGCAUUUAUGAACAGGACUUUUUUGCGUGUACCUGAAAUAGUGACUUAUUGUAGCAUACAGAUGAUAUGUCUACAGUUUAGAAGUCAUCCCACUCUCAUAAGUAAUUUUUUAUGUUUUUGUACAGCAGUAUAUUCAUUGAUGUGUAUGCAUACAGUGCACAUAUUCCUUUUUUGAGUCUUUCUACUGAGCCAAAGUACUACAGAUGUAUAACCCUGCCCACUACUCAGCAGUCUUAUUGUAAACAUAAUAAGGCUACUUUCACACUGCAGGGUAGGAAGUCGAUGAGAUUUUUUUUGUCAAAUCCGAUCUUUUUAUGCCGUCGCACAUUACAAAAAAAAAAAAAAAAAAGGCGAAGUCUAAUGUGAACACAAUCUGACCCACAUGCAGACAUGACAUCACGUGUGCUGCAGUGUUUACGGAAUUCUAGUAGUAGUAAGACAUUAGUAGUACUAGUAGCAUUUUUGGCAAUUUCAAGGAAUUUGUGCAAUCAUAAAGUCAACAUUUCCUGAUCUGAAUUAUUGCGUGUAGAACAGGUGUGUGUGUGUAUACAGUACAGGCCAAAAGAUUGGACACGCCUUCUCCUCAUUCAAUGCGUUUUCUUUAUUUUCAUGACUAUUUACAUUGCAUAUUGUCACUGAAGGCAUCAAAACUAUGAAUGAAC